AUGGCGCCACCUGAAGGUCUUCCAAAGAUGCAAUACCGAUUCCUAGGCCGUUCAGGACUCCAGGUUUCUGCCAUUUCCCUCGGAGGAUGGCUGACUUACGGUGGACACGUUGAGAACGAAAAUACCUUCGCAUGUAUGAAAGCUGCCUACGAUGUAGGAAUCAACUUCUUCGAUUGCGCUGAAGGAUAUUCGGGGGGAGAGUCUGAGCGUGUCAUGGGAGAAGCUAUCAAGAAGUUUAAAUGGAAACGAAACGAUUUAGUCAUUUCAACAAAGAUAUACUGGGGAGCAGCUAAUGGCGAGAACCCAGUGAACAAUGUUGGGCUUUCCCGAAAGCAUAUCGUUGAGGGAGUAAAUGCUUCUUUGGAGCGCUUGGGUUUAGACUAUGUCGAUUUGAUAUACGCUCAUAGACCGGACAGAAACACGCCUAUUGAGGAGACUGUGCGAGCUUUCAACCACAUCAUUAAUACAGGUAAAGCCUUUUACUGGGGUACUUCGGAGUGGGAUGCGGAUGAAAUUGCAACGGCGUGGAGAGUCGCCGACAAGCUUGGUUUGAUUGGUCCCAUAAUGGAACAACCAUGCUACAAUAUGCUUGCACGCGACAAAGUCGAGAAAGAAUUCGCGCACCUAUACGAAGAAAUAGGGCUCGGUCUCACAACCUUCAGCCCCCUAAAACAAGGUUUCCUAACUGGGAAAUAUAACGACGGCAUCCCCAGCGACUCGCGCCUAGGCAGCGGCUCCAACGACGCCUUCAUCCAGAUGAUGAACAAGAAAGUCGGCGACGAGUCCUGGAAGAAGGAUAUCGCGAAUGUGCGUAAGCUGGCGCCCAUUGCGGAGAAGCUGGGUAUUUCCCAGGCGACGUUGGCGUAUGCGUGGGUGUUGAGUAAUAAGAAUGUUAGCUCCGCUAUUACGGGGGCGAGUCGGCCGGAGCAGGUUUAUGAAAGUGUGAAGGCAUUUGAUGCGGUGGGGAAGCUGACGCCGGAAGUUUUGAAGGGGAUUGAUGAUGUGCUAGGGAAUAAGCCGGCGGUUUUUACGAGGAGGUUUUAG